AUGAGUCGCGGCCGCUCAUCUGCCCACACUGCACUCCAAGUAUCAAUCCAGCCGAUGGACCAGGGAAUAAUCGCAAACGUAAAAGUGAACUAUCGACGAGAGAUGAUGAGUGACAUCAUCAAGGCAUUCGACAGUCAACAGGAGCACUCAGUUUCCAUCUUGACGGCAAUCAACACAGCCCAUCGUGCUUGGCGUCACGUGACCUCAUCGUGUAUCGUGAACUGUUUUGCAAAGGGUGAGUUCAAAAGUGCUGCGUGUUCUGAGAGUUCUGACGACGAAGACAACACCCCGUUAGCAAAUCUACAGACAGUGUGGAAUGAACUCGUGAGAGCCAUGCCAGUGCCAGAUGGUGUCACUCUGGAAGAUUAUCUCACUGCAGACGAGUAA